UCUUGUACUUGUGUUUUGUGUGUUUGCUAUAAUUGCAGCUAUAAUUUUAUCUCGUUCAACGGGAAAUACCACCAGAGUUUCUAAUCUUUAUACUGCCUGCUUGUAUUUCGGUUUAUUGACAUUUUAAAGAGAUAAUUUUACUUUCGCGCUAAUACUCAACUGAGCCCUGUAGGUGUAUUUUUUUGCUGUUUUCACUUCACAGUGACAUUCUAAAGUCGUAAAGCCUGGUUGUUAUAAAGAUUAUAAAUUAAUUUCAACCCCUGAAACAUCAUUCAUGUUCCAUGUAGCAGUGUGGAUGCAGGUUCCUGUUCUGAUUAUGGGCUUUGAUAGUGUUGAAAACACCAGAUCAGUUUAGUAUCUGGUGUAGUUCUGAACUACAGCAACGUCCAAGGUCUGACCUCCAUGAAAUGGCUGAAACUGUUGCAGCUGUUGUAACCAGUUCCAAUAGCGCAAGCUCUAGGAACAACAAUGACUCCCACUUUCAUCAACUAAAUCUCUCAGUUCUAAAGGCCACUGUUGACCCAGUUUGCAUAACAAAAAAACCUUCACCAUAUGUUGAAAUCUUGGUUGAUGGGAAAGUGGUUCGGAAAACUGAGGCUGUGAAGAACACACAUGAUCCCACUUGGUCUUGUGAAUCCUUCACUGUUCUUGUGAAAAUCAAUUCAAAAUGUCUACUGAGGCUCUACAGUCAUUCAACUUUCAAGCGAGAUUUGGUUCUAGGAGAAGGCAGAAUAGAUAUCCAAAAACAACUAGUACGAGAACAAGGGAAAUUUGAUAAAACCAGUCUUGUUCUGGAUGUUAAGGGAGAAAUAAAGAAUACUAGCAUUGCAUCAACGACAGAAGCAGCUAACGGUCGCAGCUCUAAAGUGAAGAUUGGAGAAAUUUUUAUUGUGAUGGACGGAAUGAGGGUAGAUCCAAAAUUGUUGACAGGCAGUAGUCGAAGCGCAACGAGAGUGAACGGAGAAACAGGUGAAUCCAGCUCAACCGCUGAGAUCCGGACGAACGGUGCAGCAGUAGCUCCUGUCACGAAUUCGACCACGGGCGAAAAUGGUGGCGGAGCUCGUCCUCGUACCCGAUCGAAUGAUGUUGAAGCCGCCCCCAUUCCAGCAGUAACUGGUGUUCCAUCCAGGACACCCAACGGAACACCGCAGCAGACGCCGUCCAGGACUCCCAACGGGACAGCAGCACCACCACCGGCUCCGAGGACUGAAACUACCCCAGCCACGACAGCACCUCCGGCUGCUCCAGCUGGUCCCGAAGAACCUCUUCCGCCAGGAUGGGAAGUCCGUUUCGAUAAAUACAACCGGCGCUACUACGUCGAUCAUAACACGCGGAGUACGACGUGGGAGCGCCCGCAGCCUCUUCCGGCCGGAUGGGAGAUGAGAAGAGACCCUCGGGGUCGAGCCUACUACGUGGAUCACAACACUCGAUCCACGACAUGGCAAAGGCCGAAUGUUGAACGUCUGCAACAUUACGAGCAGUGGCAAGGCCAACGAGCGCAUGUUGUUCAACAGUGCAGCCAGAGAUUCCUAUUUCCACAGGGUGGAGGAGUUAGCACCGGAACGGCGGUGGUGACGGGUACGGAAGAGAGCGAUCCGCUUGGACCUUUGCCAGAAGGCUGGGAGAAACGUGUCGAGCCUAAUGGCAGGGUCUACUUUGUCAACCACAAGAAUCGCACCACACAGUGGGAGGAUCCGAGAACCCAGGGGAUGAACCAAGAAGAUCCUUUGCCUCCCGGCUGGGAAAUGCGAAUCACGGACGAUGGUGUUCAUUAUUUCGUGGAUCACAAUACCCGGACGACCACCUUCCAAGAUCCUAGACCAGGCGCAACUAAAGGUCCGAAAGGUGCCUAUGGCGUUCCCAUCGCUUACGAGCGCUCAUUCCGCUGGAAGCUAUCUCAAUUCCGCUAUCUGUGUCAGAGUAAUGCCUUACCAUCACACAUCAAGAUCACUCUCAACCGGUCGACGCUCUUUGAAGAUUCGCACCAUCAGAUUAUGCGCUUGCCCGCCUACGAGCUCCGCAGGCGACUGUACGUCAUUUUCCGCGGCGAGGAGGGCCUUGAUUACGGAGGAGUGGCAAGGGAAUGGUUUCUCUUGCUGUCACACGAAGUGUUAAAUCCCAUGUACUGCCUCUUUGAAUACGCCAACAAGAAUAACUACAGCCUUCAGAUCAAUCCAGCGUCCCACGUCAAUCCCGAUCACCUGCACUAUUUCAAGUUUAUCGGUCGAUUCAUCGCCAUGGCUUUGUAUCACGGACGAUUCAUCUACUCGGCUUUCACGCUGCCGUUCUACAAGCGCAUGCUGAACAAAAAGCUGACGACCAAAGACAUUGAGUCGGUGGAUCCGGAAUUCUACAAUUCGCUCCUGUGGAUCAAGGACAACAAUCUGGAAGAAUGCGGAUUGGAGCUUUACUUUUCGGCCGAUUUCGAGGUCCUCGGACAGUUGACUCACCACGAAUUGAAGCCCGGCGGCGAUAACGUUCGCGUCAACGAGGAAAACAAGGAAGAAUACUUGCGAUUGAUGACAGAUUGGAGGAUGAACCGAGGCAUUGAGGAGCAAACGAAGGCCUUUUUGGACGGCUUCAACGAAGUGGUUCCGCUCGAAUGGCUUCAUUACUUUGACGAGCGCGAGCUGGAGCUGAUGCUCUGCGGCAUGCAGGAGAUCGACAUCGACGACUGGCAGCGCAACACGGUCUACCGCCACUACACCCGCAACUCGAAGCAAGUCCAAUGGUUCUGGCAGUUUGUACGCGCCAUGGACAACGAGAAGAGGGCCCGUUUACUGCAGUUUGUCUGCGGUACGUGCAAAGUGCCCGUCGGAGGAUUCGCCGAGCUCAUGGGGAGCAAUGGACCCCAGCGAUUCUGCAUCGAGAAGGUGGGCAAAGAGACGUGGCUGCCACGCUCGCACACCUGCUUCAAUCGGCUAGAUUUGCCACCCUACAAGAGUUACGAGCAGCUUGUGGAGAAGAUGACGUUCGCCAUUGAGGAAACGGAAGGCUUCGGUCAGGAAUAAAAGAAAAACCAAUAUCAGAAAAUGAAAUCGUAUGGUAGCGAAAUGUUUCGAGUGGGGAGAUAGGCUGACCUUUAUCCUUACAGAAAAAUAAAAACUGUACAAUAGAUUGUGCAUAAUUAGGCCACUACUAUUCUUUGUUUCACACAUUAGUACCUUUCUACCUACUGCCCCUCUAUAUCUCCCCCAACCCGAUCCUCCCUUUAUACUAUAAAAUAUUUCUCCCAUUUUCUUCUUCUUAUAAUAUAUCGUGUCGACGUCGGCCUAUCUCUUGUUAAAAAAAAAAAUUGAACGACGUUACUUUCGACGCGAAUGUGAGAAUCGUGUGAGUGUCUGUGUGUUUUGACAAUAAUAUGUUGAUUGUUUACGUACUAAAAAGUGAGCAAUUCCCCCCCCCCUUUAGAUUUAAAACGAAAAGAAAAAACCAACAAACAAAACCAA